AUGGAAACUACCAAAUGUUGUGAGAGUGGUAUUCAUUAUGGUACUUGGUUUACAAAGAAGUGGGUGCCUGGAAGAACUGGUGGCACACCCUCUCAUAUUGUCGGAAUAAUACACACUGGAAUAGGUGAACGGCAAUUUAAUUUAUUGCUGUCUGUAUUAAAUAUACCUGGAAUUCACCACAAGUCUCUGAAAGAAAGAGAGAGGGAAGCAGGCACUGUUUUAUGCAAUAUUGCUCAGGAGUCAUGCAAGAAAAUUAUAGAAGAAGAAACUUUGAAGACAAAAAAAAGAAACCUGGACUGUGGGCAUAACAUCAGUGCAUCAUAUGAUGCUGGGUGGCAGAAGCGCGGAAGUGGUAGGACUUUUAAUAGUUCAACAGAUCCUGCCAAUUAUAACCACAGUAGCCUACCAUAUCGGAAAGACUUGGCUGGAGCAGAGUUAAGAAGAGUGCUAGAUGACUUGUUUAAAAAUUUGGCAAAGCAGUCACAGAAGUUAGCUACGUAUACACUUGGGAGUUCGCAAUCAAAUGAGAAUAUAAAUCAUGUGUAUGCGAGUAAAGCACCAAAGUCAAAGCAUUAUGGUGGGUCUGAGAGUCUCAAAUAUCGUUUGAGUGCUGCAGUGUCACAGAAAAACAUUGGAUAUACUUAUCCAGCAGAAGCAAAUAAAGAAAAUGGUUUAUCUCCAGGAAUUUUCACCAUGUCUAUAGCCGAUCGCUUUAAUGCUUCUGCAACCAAAAGAAAAAAUAGAGAUAACACUAAAGACAUCAAAAAACGAAGACAACAUUUAAAGGAAAUCAAGUCAGGCAAACAAAAUUCACAGGAAAACAGAGAAGGUCAAACAUAUCUGAGUGGCAUUGAAUUGCAAGUGUCUUCACCAGAUAUUGAUUUUACUCCAGACCCACCCAAGCCCCCAGUACUACAACAACUUCCUGCUAAUGUGAUGUAUGAUGUAAUUUAUUUUGAUUUAGAGACAACUUCUACAGGUUUGAAUGCUCAUAUACUCCAGAUUGCAGCUGGGCAUAAAGAUAAAGUCUUCAGUCAAUAUGUUCAUAUACACAGACCGAUAGCCUCACAAGCGUCUGCAGUGACAGGACACUCUAUGCAGACAGACAUUCAUAUUCACAGGAAUGCCCACAAUGCAAUAGAUGAUGUUGAAGCUCUGCAGUCAUUAUUUAAAAAAUGUGAUAUUCAGAUAGCAAGUAUUCUGCAACAUAGUUUUGGGAUAAAUUAUACUACAACAUCUGUGAAUAUAUCAUUAUUAAAAAAGAAACACAUUUUAUCAUUAUUUCCACUAAUAGAGCACAAAGUUUUAAGUAGAUGUAUGGCUGAACGAAUUGCAGCAUCUGGUCUCAGUUUGAAUCACUUGAGACUAGCAUAUUCAAGGGAGUAUUCUGGAGUAAACCAAAGAUUACUCGUGAUAGCCGAAUCAUAA